UACAUGUCGGGUGUUCUCAGGGCGGCAGUGACAGGUGACAUGGUCUCCGGUGACAGCUUCGGGUGAGCUCCCGGCCGGUAGUGACAGUGUCGGGUUACAUGUCGGGUGUUCUCAGGGCGGCAGUGACAGGUGACAUGGUGUCCGGUGACAGUUUCGGGUGAGCUCCCGGCCGGUAGUGACAGCGUCGGGUGUUCUCAGGGCGGCAGUGACAGCGGUGUUAGCGGGGCCCGGCUCCUCCCGUUCCGGUUUCCUGUGCCCCCUCCUCUCCCGCACACAUCCCCGGACAUGGCUCUGUGAGACAGCACAUGGCGGCCGCGGCCAUGCAGAGCCCCCCCAAACCAUCCAACACCCCCCCGCUAUUCCUCCUCCGCCACUAGACACCCGACACUACGCCCGACUCACCCGCCCAUCCCACCACCAACAACCACGACAAGAAGCAGCAGCAGGCGGCGGCAUCAUGGGGGUGCACGGCUUCCAGGACUACAUCGAGAAGCGCUGCCCGGGCGCGGUAGUCCCGGUGGAGCUGCAGAAGCUGGCCCGGGGUAGCUUAGUGGGGGGCGGCCGACAGAGACCCCCCCAGACCCCGCUCCGCCUGCUCAUCGACGCCGAGAACUGCCUGCACCGACUGUACGGCGGCUUCUACACGGACUGGGUGAGCGGAGGCCAAUGGAACCACAUGCUGGGCUACCUGGCGGCCCUGGCCAAGGCCUGCUACGCCGGCAACAUCGAGCUCUUCGUCUUCUUCAACGGCGCCCUGGACAAGGCCCGGCUCCAUGAGUGGGUGAAGCGGCAGAGCAACGAGAGGCAGACCGGGCAGCAGAUCAUCAGCCACGUCCAGAACAAGGGCACCCCGCCCCCCAAAGUCUGGUUCCUGCCCCCCGUCUGCAUGGCCCAUUGCAUCCGCCUGGCCCUUGUCCGCUUCCACAUCAAGGUCGCGCAGAGCAUUGAAGACCAUCACCAAGAAGUUAUUAGUUUCUGCCGAGAAAAUGGUUUCCAUGGCCUUGUUGCCUAUGAUUCAGACUACGCUCUGUGCAACAUCCCUUAUUACUUCAGUGCCCAUGCGCUAAAGCUGAGUCGCAAUGGGAAAAGUAUCACAACCAGCCAGUAUCUGAUGCACGAGGUGGCCAAACAACUGGACCUCAACCCCAACCGCUUUCCCAUAUUUGCUGCUCUUCUAGGUAAUCACAUCUUACCAGAUGAAGAUUUAGCUGCUUUCCAUUGGAGCUUACUUGGGCCAGAUCAUCCAUUGGCUUCAUUAAAAGUCCGUGCCCACCAGCUUGUGUUACCCCCGUGUGAUGUUGUUAUCAAAGCGGUUGCCGACUAUGUGCGUAAUAUUAAGGAUACAAAUGAUCUGGACUCCAUUUCUGCCGAUGUUUUCCAGCAUUCACAGUCAAGAACAGAUGACAAAGUCUCCCGCUUCAAGAGAGCAGUCGCCUACUACAGAGCCACCAACAAGCCCUUGCCAUAUCCAGCAGCUCUUUACCCUGGAAGACCAAAUAGAGGCCCUGGAAUGAUGCAGGGACAUCCCAUGCCCAUCCCAUGUGGGGCUCCCAAUAAAGGUCCAUAUUUGUACAACUUCUCUGAAUCCGCCGCAGCCGUCAGUCCAACAAACAAGAGUGUGUCUGAACAGAACAGUUACAGUAACAUUCCUCAUGAAGGCAAACACACCCCCCUGUACGAGCGAUCUUCUCCUAUCAACCCAGCGCAGAGUGGGAGCCCAAACCAUGUAGACUCUGCGUACUUCCCACCAUCAUCUGCUUCAUCCUCAUCCGAUAAUGAUGAUGGCAACGGAGGAGCCACCAACCACAUCAGCGGGACCAAACCUGACUGGGACAAAAAGAGUAAAUCACCUGGCAAAACAAAGAAGGAUACCCCAGACCAAGCCAAGACUGAAAAUCCCUCUCCAGCCCCAUCAGGAUCUAAGGCCACAGACAAGAAAGGCAACCAAGGGGGUCUGCAGAUACCCUGUCUUCUCUCCAUGCCCACCAGGAACCACAUGGAUAUCACAACUCCUCCACUGCCUCCUGUAGCACCUGAAGUAUUGAGAGUAGCAGAACAUCGUCACAAGAAAGGGUUAAUGUACCCUUACAUCUUUCACAUCCUGACAAAGGGAGAAAUAAAAAUUCCAGUUACAAUUGAAGAUGAAGCAAACAAGGACCUCCCCCCUGCCGCAAUUCUUUACCGACCAGUGCGCCAGUACGUCUACGGAGUCCUCUUCAGUCUGGCAGAGAACAGGAAGAAAACUGAGCGUCUGGCAUUUAGAAAGAACAGAAUGCCUCCAGAAUAUUACCCAGUCAUUAUUAAGGAGUGGGCCGCCUACAAGGGAAAAUCCCCACAGACCCCAGAACUCGUGGAAGCCCUUGCUUUCAGGGAAUGGACUUGCCCUAAUCUGAAGAAACUUUGGUUGGGGAAAGCAGUGGAAGACAAGAACCGGAGGAUGAGAGCUUUUCUGGCAUGUAUGAGAUCUGACACACCAGCCAUGCUUAAUCCCGCCAAUGUGCCCACUCACCUCAUGGUGCUGUGCUGUGUUUUACGGUAUAUGGUGCAGUGGCCUGGCAUCAGAAUACUUCGCCGCCAGGAACUUGAUGCCUUCCUCACCCAAGCACUGUCCCCAAAACUCUAUGAGCCUGAUCAGCUUCAAGAACUCAAGAUUGAUAACCUGGACCCCAGAGGGAUUCAGCUGUCUGCACUGUUCAUGAGCGGAGUGGACAUGGCUCUCCUGGCCAAUGACGCCUGUGGACAGCCCAUUCCUUGGGAGCACUGCUGUCCAUGGAUGUAUUUCGAUGGGAAAUUGUUUCAAAGCAAACUCAUAAAAGCCACCAGGGAGAAGGCCUCACUUAUUGACCUCUGUGAUGGUCAGGCAGAACAAGCUGCCAAGGUGGAUAAGAUGAGACAAAGCAUCCUGGAAGGUUUGCACUUUGCCAGGCAGAACCACCCACUGCCCUUCCCACCACCACCUGCCAUGCCUUUCUACCCUGCUGCUAUGUAUCCACGACCUUUUGGACCAAUGCCUCCACCUCCGGGCAGAGGAAGAGGAUUCUCUGGAGUCCAGCCCAUUCCUUCUCAGGGAGGGAAGCUUGAAAUAGCUGGGACAGUGGUUGGCCAAUGGGCAGGAACAAGACGUGGCCGAGGCAGAGGACCAUUUCCACUGCAGGUGGUUUCUGUUGGUGGACCAAAUAGAGGACGCCCCAGAGGAGUUAUAUCGACUCCAGUUAUAAGAACAUUUGGAAGAGGGGGCAAAUAUUAUGGAAGAGGAGGAUACAAGAAUCAAGGGCCAUCUCAGACCAAGCCGGCAUAUGCCACUUCUGCAGCCGAAGUGGCCAAAGAGCUUAAGACGCAAUCCGAAGACUCCAAAUCAUCUGCUGUGUCUUCAGAUGGAUCUCUGACUGAGAACGGAGUGGCAAAUGAGGAAACACAAGCUUCCCAGCUAAAUGGGGGCUCAGGAGAAGUCCGGCCUUCUAAUCACUCUGAAAGUGCCUUAAGCAGUGACUCUAAACAGUGCAAUACGAAUCCUCACUUAAAUGCAGUAGCUCCAGACAGCGGCCGCCGCGAAGACGAGACUCUCGAGGCGGCUGUCUUACAAAAAGAAGAGUAAACUUAUUUUUCUAGAGGGUGAAGGAUGUUAGACAGUUCAGGGUUAGGAAUAUCUGGAAAGAUGGAGAGCCUACAGUUAUGUACAUUUUUUCCUUUCCGUAAGCGAAAAAUGAGGAUUUGGAAAUUCGGAUCCCUCUUCUGAUGUCAGGCUAAAAAAAAUAAAUAAAAAAAGAGAAAAGAUUUUAUUUUACUUUUUAACCAGUUUGUAGUCAAAAUGCUACUGGGAUAAAUCACAGCUGAAUAAAAAGAGCAUUUGACUCCCAUAGUUAAAGAAACAUACACAGAGAUGAAACUGGUUAUAACAACAACAAGAAAGACAAAAAUAAAACCGCUUGUUCUGUUUCUUGCGAUACCAGAACACAAAUUUUUGGCAGUUUUUUUCAGUAUAUAUAUAUAGCUUAAAUAUAAUUUGUAGUAUCUGGCACCAUAUGUAUGCCAUUAUAUUUGAUUUUACAUUACUGUGUCACAAGAUAAAAAGAAAAAAAAAAUCUGAAACUUUGGUUUCCGGAUUAUGAUACUGAAAUAUGGCACAAGCAUUUUUUUUUUCCUUUUCAUUCUUUAUUAUUUCAUCGCUGUUGACGUGGUUUUUUUCUUUUUUCUACUAAAGACGUGCAACUUAUUGGAACACAAAAAAAAUAGUGUAACCUUUGCAGAUUUUUGCUGAUAUUUUAAAUACUCAUUACUCAUACUAUUCAAGCAAGUUAGAAAAUCAUAGGGGAAAAAAAAACUGACCUUUUUUCUGUUUUUUUAUUUUUUAUUUUUGUUGUUUUUUUUUUCUCUGAACCGAGAAAAACGGGCGUUCUCAAAGUUUCCGUGAUACUGUUAUACCAUGCAUCCGUGAUCAAUGAAGUUGUGUGGUUUUUGAAUCAGAUGUAGACCAUUAGUGCUACUAUUGACCGCAUGGUUCAUCAUUUUAAGGUGUGUAGUUAAUAUUAUGCAUGUUCUUGUCCUAUUUCUACCAUUCUUACAAGUUCUGUGCCCAUCUGCAAAACAAGAAAAAAAAAAACUAAUAAUCAGUAAUAGUUCUAUGAAAGAUGUUACUUAUGUUUAGUCAUUGACUGAUCUCUCUCUAACCUUUAAAAAAAAUUUUGUGAUUAUUGACCUCUGUUGCAUUUAUCCUAAAAACAAAAAAAAAAAUUAUCUAGCCGUUUAAAUAUCAACGUUUCCCUGGUGUAUCCAUUGCUGUAUUGCAUUAUUGUUCUUUGUUGCUGUUUUCACAUUAGAAACUAUGAAUUCUGUGAUAAAAAAAAAUCAUAAAGUGCUUUGAUCUUUAAUCCUCCCCACCCCCCCACUUCUUUAGCAGGACAGGUUUGCUGGUUCCUGGAGUCUCUUCUCUUUCAGGAAUGUAGCGCUUUCCUUCCGAAAAGUACACCUGUAUCAUUUUGAUGUUUUUGUUAGUGUUUCCAAAAACUUUUAAAUGUACUUUUUUGGAAAAAAAAAAUCCAAAAUCAUUUCUUUCUCUUCGUUUUCAUAUAAUUCUCCUGAUGCUCUUCAUCACUCAUUAGUGAUCAGAAAUGAGGUGUAACUCCCCCAUUCCUUGCCCGCAAGAGCUGAGUAGGUAUUUUUAAAUGUGUAAGUUGAAAGGAGUUUUGCCCCCACUCAUGGACUGUGCAAGAAUGAACUACUGUUGGCUUUGACUGGAAGUCGGUGGAUUGUGGUGCGUUAUGUUUGAAGGCUAUUGAAUGCAACUUACAAUGCUUAAUAAAAAUCUUUAUUCUUUUAGUAUAAA